AUGAAGGAAGAAGCUUGGAGAAAAGCAAUGAAUGAGGAGAUUCAAGUGAUCGAAAAGAAUCACACAUGGGAGCUUGUUGAUAGGCCAUCCAGAAAAGAUGUAAUUGGAGUGAAAUGGAUAUAUAAGGUGAACCACAAUGCUGAUUGGUCCAUUCAAAGAAACAAAGCAAGACUUGUUGCCAAGGGAUAUUCACAACAAGUUGGAAUUGAUUACGAUGAAACCUUUGCCCCGGUAGCACGUCAUGACACAUUUCGAACCAUCAUUGCACUUGCCGCAAGCAAAGGUAGAAACAAGGAAAGGAUCGAAGAAUUCAAGCAUGACAUGGCUCAAAAGUAUGAAAUGAGUGAUAUGGGGGGUGAAGGAUCCAAUUCUCAACAAGUUGAUGUACAAGGUCUUCUCAACACCAUUCUACAAGAGUUCAAAACUCUUCACCAUUCUGGAUUGGAGUUGAUGAAUAAUAGGAUGGAUCAACUGGAAGAGAAUCAACAAAAGUUACAAGAGAAUAUCCGACCAUUACCUGAAGCUCAGAGGCGAAAUAAUGUUCAACCGCAUUUGAGGCCAAGACGCAACAUCCGGCCCCCAUCACCACACAACACUGACGAACCCGAUGAUGAGGAGUUUGGAGGAAAUUGGGAACGACCUAGGCAUCAUAAUAACCAUCACCGACGGGAUGGAGAUGAGGCGAUCAACUCGAUCAAAUUCCAAGUGCCACCGUUCCAAGAAUUAACUGACCAACAAAAACUCCGUGUGGCCGUAAUGGAGUUUUCAGAUUAUGCGCUUGCAUGGUGGGACCAAUUGAGCAUCAACCGCCGCAGAAAUAGGGAGGCUCCAGUGCGUACUUGGACAGAACUUCGUACACUCAUGCGAAAGAGGUUUGUUCCCCCUCAUUACCAUCGUGAAGUAUUGCGGAGAUUGCAGAGUAUACAACAAGGGUCGCGGUCAGUGGAGGAGUACUAUAAGGAGGUUGAAACACUUCUUCUACAAGCCGAUAUCCAUGAAGAUCAGGAGCAAAUGAUGUCUAGAUUCUCGAAUGGGCUUCAAAGGGAUAUUGCUGAUGCGGUAGAGAUGUACCAAUACGUGGACCUCGAGGAGAUGGUACACUUGGCCAUAAAGGUGGAGAAGCAACUAAAAUCUAAGCGGAUGCAAGGUAAUCAGUUUAAACUUUCUCCAACUGUAGGGUUUCCUAAAGCGCCGCUUCCACAACAUAUCAACAAAGGAAAAGAGAUAGCGGGAGUUGAUUCGACGCGCCCUAAGCCGCCAACAUAUGCCCCCCCAAAGAACACCACCCGUAGCCGAGAUGUGUUAUGUUUCAAAUGCCAAGGCCGAGGACAUUUUGCGAAUCAAUGUCCAAACAAGCGUACUAUGGUUCUUACGAUCUCCGGUGAGUACGAAUCCGAAUCAGAAACUGAAGAGGCCAAUGAGGCAAACUCCUACCACCAGGAAGCUGUAGAAUCCAUACCAGAGUCCAAUUUGACGUUAGUCACUCUCCGAGCUCUUAGCACUCUUCCAAAGGAGGUUGAAGACACCGAACAACGCGAAAAUUUAUUCCAUGGAAGGUGUAAGAUCGCGACUAAGGUAUGUAGUCUUAUCAUUGACGGUGGUAGUUGUACUAAUGUCAUUAGUGACCUCGCAGUGAAAAGACUUAAUUUGAGGAUGAAUUUGCAUCCGAGGCCUUACAAACUACAGUGGCUCAAUAAUUGCGGGGAAAUCAACGUCACCAAACAAGUGUUGGUGGAAAUUGAACUACAAGGUUACAAGGAUGAGGUAAAAUGCGAUGUAGUUCCAAUGCAAGCAUGUCAUAUUUUGCUUGGGAGACCAUGGCAAUUUGACAAAGAAGCGUAUGAUGAUGUUUUUCCUGAUGAAGUACCCCAUGGUUUACCACCCACUCGUGGAAUUGAGCACCAAAUUGAUUUUGUCCCGGGAGCAUCAAUUCCUAAUCGGCCAGCCUAUCGAGCCAACCCGGAUGAGGUAAAAGAAAUACAAAGGCAAGUGGAGGAUCUACUGAGCAAAGGUUGGAUUCGUGAAAGUCUAAGUCCUUGUGCUGUACCUGUCCUAUUGGUGCCAAAAAAAGAUGGAGGUUGGCGCAUGUGUUGCAACUUUUUGGGUUUUAUUGUAGGAAAAGAUGGAGUAUGUGUAGAUCCUGCGAAGGUUGCAGCCAUCCAAGAGUGGCCUACACCUACUAGCGUACGUGAUGUCCGCAGUUUCCAUGGCCUUGCAAGUUUCUACCGUCGAUUUGUGCGGAACUUCAGCACUAUUGCAGCACCCUUAACGGCAAUUACCAAAAAAGAGGAUAAGUUUGAGUGGGGAAGUGAACAACAAAAUGCUUUUGAUACUUUGAAAUCGAAACUUACAUGUGCACCCGUACUUGCCUUACCUGAUUUCUCUAAACCGUUUGAACUUGAUUGUGAUGCCUCUGGCGUAGGUAUUGGCGCCGUCCUCUCGCAAGAAAAGAAACCUGUUGCAUUUUUCAGUGAAAAGAUACAUGGCGCUGCAUUGAAUUACUCAACGUACGAUAAGGAAUUAUACUCCUUAGUGCGGGCGCUGCAAACAUGGCAACAUUACUUACGUCCUCGUGAGUUUGUUGUGUACACUGAUCAUGAAUCCCUCAAGCAUAUCAAAUCCCAAAGUAAGUUGAGUACGAGACACAUCCGAUGGAUCUCCUUCAUUGACACCUUCCCCUAUGUUGUUAAAUACAAAAAGGGUAAGGAAAACAUCGUUGCGGAUGCAUUAUCACGCAGGUAUCAUGUAUAUGAGGGGUAUUUGCUGCGAGAAAAUAAAUUGUGCGUUCCUAAAUGCUCCUUGAGAGAAUUGUUGAUUUGGGAAAGUCAUUCGGGGGGUUUGAUGGGACACUUUGGUAGGAACAAGACACUUAACUUGCUGCAGGAACAUUUUUUUUGGCCACGAAUGAAAGCCGAAGUUGAAGCCGCAAUUCGUCGGUGUACAACGUGCCUCUCGUCGAAGUCUACUGUUCAUCCACACGGUUUGUAUACUCCGCUACCUAUUCCUGAAUCCCCUUGGAUUGAUAUUUCUAUGGAUUUCAUAUUAGGUUUGCCUAGGAGUAGGUCUGGUAAAGAUUCAAUAUUUGUUGUGGUUGAUCGAUUUUCAAAAAUGGCACAUUUUAUUCCAUGCACAAAAACCACUGAUGCUUCGCAUGUUGCUUCAUUAUUUUUCAAAGAGGUUCUUAGAUUGCAUGGUGUUCCAAGAUCCAUUGUUUCUUAUAGGGAUUCUCGAUUUUUAAGUUAUUUUUGGAAAACACUUUGGGCUAAGUUAGGUACAAAACUAAUGUUUUCCACAUCACACCACCCUCAAACUGAUGGUCAAACAGAAGUUGUUAAUCGAACUGUGGGUAGCUUGUUACGUGCCUUAGUUAAUGAGAAUUUGAAGAGUUGGGAAGAAUGUUUAGCUCAUGCUGAAUUUGCAUAUAACCGUACGGUUCAUAGCUCUACGAAUUGUUCUCCAUUUGAGGUUGUUUACGGUUUUAACCCAUUAACUCCUCUUGAUCUUAUGCCAUUGCCACUUGUUUUUGAGAUAGGAGAUUGGGUUUGGCUACACUUAAGGAAGGAAAGAUUUCCAGAGUUGCGAAAGUCAAAACUUACUCCCCGUGGCGAUGGACCUUUUCGAGUGUUGGAACGCAUUAAUGAUAAUGCCUACAAACUUGAACUCCCAGGUGAGUACCAAGUCCAUGCUACUUUUAAUGUUUAUGACUUAAGCCUUUUUGAUACAGCGGAUGAAUAUCUUGUUCGGGAGAACAAGAAAGCUUUUCAAGAAGGAGGGAAUGACGAGGACGUCCAAUCUUCAAGCAUUCAAAUGCCCGUGGGACCCAUCACUCGAAGUCGAGCUCGUCAAUUUCAAAAAUCCGUCACUGCAUUGAUC